ACCUUUCCCCUCUUACACACUCUCUUCUUCUCCACCUUCGCCACCAUGGCUGCCGCCUCCGCCUCCGCCAUUUUCACACCUUUUUUUCUUCCCAUCCGCCACCGUUCAAGAAUCCCACAUUUCAGUCCAGUCCAAAAACCUAGAAAAAUCUCAUCAAAACUGUCACCAUUUUCUUCAAAUUCCUCCCAAACACCUAGAAGCUACAACAAUGGCCGUUCCUCGGAAUCUCCGAAACCAAGUCAUUUUCUUGGACCCAACUCCGGUUUUCCGCUCGUUGAUCCUCAGAUAAUACAUUCGCAGAGAAGGGUUUCUGUCAAAUCCAAUGAAUCGGAAACUGGUUUGACCUCAGCUACUAGUCUUCAAAGCACGGUUGUUAAACUGUUGCAUUUGGUUGUUUCAUUGGGAAUUAUUGUGGCCAUGGACAAGUUCUUGAAGCAGGCAUUUGUGGCUGCCGCCAUUAAAUUCCCGAGUGCUUUAUUCGGAAUGUUUUGCAUAUUCACCAUUUUGAUGGUUCUUGAUUCCACUGUACCUGCUGCAGCAACUAGCGUGAUGAACUUCUUUCAGCCCGCGUUUCUCUUCAUUCAACGGUGGCUCCCUUUGUUCUACGUACCUUCUUUAGUGGUUUUGCCGCUAGCGGUCAAGGAUAUUCCGGCAGCUUCCGGACUUAAAAUCAUUUUCAUUAUAGUUGGAGGGUGGCUAGCUUCGCUUGCUGUAGCAGGUUAUACAGCUAUAGCGGUGAGAAAGAUUGUGAACACUGAAAUGGUAGCAGCCGAGCCAAUGGCAAAGCCUUCGCCUUUUUUUUCGGUUGAGCUGUGGGCAUGGAGCGGCAUAUUCCUAGUAUCUUUUGUAUCGGCAUUUCUUUAUCCGACUAUACUUGGUACAAAUGCAAGGACGUGUUUGCCUUUCCUCCUUGCUUCUACAGUAGUAGGAUACAUGUUUGGUAAUGGUUUACCAGGUGGCGUGAAGAAGGUUUUCCAUCCGAUUAUUUGCUGUGCAUUAUCAGCAGAGCUGGCUGCAUUCGCAUAUGGACAACUCACAAAAUCUGGGCUUAAUCCUGUUUUAGGAUAUUAUCUUACAAAGACCGCGUCGAAUCCCGGAGCUGGCGACAUUCUUAUGGGGUUUCUUGGAUCGGUUAUUCUCUCAUUUGCCUUCUCAAUGUUCCAACAAAGGAAGCUGGUUAAAAGACAUGCAGCAGAGAUAUUCACCUCUGUCAUACUCUCCACCGUGUUCUCUUUAUAUUCGACAGCUCUCAUUGGUCGUUUAAUUGGACUCGAACCUUCCUUAACUAUAUCAAUUCUUCCCAGAUGCAUAACUGUCGCUCUUGCUCUCAGCAUCGUAUCGUUCUUCGAAGGUGCCAAUACAUCGCUUACAGCAGCCGUUGUUGUAGUGACUGGACUCGUUGGGGCAAAUUUUGUUCAGACGACUCUCGAUAAACUAGGGUUCAGUGAUCCUAUUGCUCGUGGAAUAGCAACUGCAUCAAGUGCACAUGGAUUGGGAACUGCUGCAUUAUCAGCAAAGGAACCGGAGGCUCUUCCGUUUUGUGCAAUUGCUUAUGCACUGACGGGAAUUUUCGGUUCUGUGAUUUGCUCUGUUCCGGUUGUUAGGCAAAGCUUGCUGGCAAUAAUUGGCUGAUUUUCUUUAAAAAAAAUCUCCAGUUAUGAAUCAAGCAAAGGUAUAAUUCGAUGAAAGUCGAUCUUUUUGCUUUUGUAAGAAGCUGCUGUUCUGCAGAAAAUUUGGGCCAUUUCUUAGCCAAUUAAUUGCAUUUUCUUGUCCUUUUUUUUUCGUUCUUCCAUAUUUUUUUCUACCCCUUUGUGGGGUUUUAUCACAGCAAGUCGGCAUGAAAAAUCUGUAUAUAAUGAUUGCCUAUUACAUUUAAUGAUGGCAAUUCAUCACGAGAUCAUCCAUCGAAAUCUUUCUAAUGCUGCUUUAAUUACAUUGUAUUAAGCCUGUCUUGAUUUUCUGUCCA